GUGCAAUCUGCUUAUGACGCCUCCACGCCCCAGCUUUGUGUGCGUAUCUCUGCUCUGGCAUGCUCCCGGUAUGAACCCUCGAUCAAAAUCCAUGACUACUGCACCGCCAAUGUUACAAAUGAUCAUGAACCUCGAGCUCAAGGCGUCCUUAGCAGCACUAGACUUGGUUUACGGCGGAUAUAUGGGGAAAACUGGCCCUGCGUGUGACUUCUGGAUGCUGUAGGGUUCGCGAGUUUAUGUCUAUGGGUUCCAAUAGAUGUGAGCUUGUGGUCCGGACGAGCGCCCGGUCAUAAGCAUGUCUCGAUCAUCGUCCGCAUAUAAAGAACGGCGCGAACGACUUCAGGAGCCAACAACGCCAUUAAACUCAUCCCAGUAACAGCACAGCGCACAUACCCAGAAAUGGCUCGUGGCAAAGCAAAGGAGACAAGGAUUGACUAUACGGUGUCGCAGGGUCAGCGCGGACGCAAUCCCGGAAUUGGCAAGAAGUUGAAGCGAGUUCAGGAAACGGGAAUGUACCAAAUUCUUCCGCCUACAGUGGAAGAUUUGCCUGCGCACGGCGCGGACGAACUCGGCCCCCAAUUCCCCUCGACGUAUACGAACUACAGCGUCAAUGUCGCCAGUGUUGCGGAUCUCCGCGUAGUCAUCGAGGAAUUCAACGAGAGGAACGUUCGCUAUGGCAUCGACGUGACCUACAACCUCAACAAAGGCUCACUCGAGGAUACUGACCCCCUCGAAGCUCCUAACCUCGUCUCAUUCAGUAUCAAGGCCGAGAAUCUCGAUGCAGAGAAACGUGCGCAGGUCGGCGAGCUGCUCAACAUCGUCACGCCGCAGAAUCUCGUUUACGUGAGGCUAUCGCUGCUCGGUGGCAGGCCAACCAAGGCACUCGACACCAGCGUCUUCGACUUCCUCGGCCGCCCACUAUCAACGCUCACGCACGUCAGCCUCGAGCUGUCAUUCUGCUACAAGGCAGGCCUCCUUGAGUAUCUCGUAUCCGACGCUGCCGCCCAUCUCGUAUCUCUGGAGCUUCAGACCAAUAGCGCCGUGGCGGACAUCAUCUUCGAGGCUCUACGGAACGAGGACUACCACGCACUGCCAAACCUGCAGCGCCUUUGUCUCCGCCUUAAAGUCCUGCCAGUUGAUCGCCUCUUCGAGGCGCUGAAACUGCGUCAUGACCACGGACUUCGUGACCCUCUCCGCGUCGAGAUCGUGCAGGAAGUCGACCCGGAUAUUCGCGAGAGGGCGUUCGACCUGGGCGUCAGAUGUCCAAUCACUGGUGCAGAGGAGAACUUGUACAUCAUCAACCUCAUCGCCCUUUCCGCAGCGGACGCUACGACGGAGCUACAGAGGGCUCAAAUGGAGUGGGCUUGGGGCUUAGAACGGGGAGGCUUCCUGUACUACGUGGAUAGUCCACCUAACGAGAUUUGCUUACAUUCCGACAUCGUUCGUCAGUAUAAUGCUGGAGACUUUGUACUCCUGCCGACGCACAAGACAUAUAUGGACGCAAUGGCCUUCACCCAGCGAGCGGGCGGUUGGCACCGUGAUGAAGAAGAUGAUUCGCCACGGCGCCCUCUAACAGCACUUGGCAGCUCCUUCCGUUACGUUUUCAUCCCUCUCAAUACUCGGGCGGAAAAACUGAUCCCUGGCUCACUCAUGCAACCUCAGACCGACGAAGACUGGAACCAUGGUAUACACCCGAUUACUGGCGAGGCUUUCUACAGUUGGGUCAAGGAUUAUCCUGUCGUCGAGAUUCACAGUCACCCGGUCUCGGUAUGCGCGAUGGCUCAAGAGGCCUUGGAUUAUGCGCCGCCGGUGCACCUCAAUCUCACGCCCUGGACUUCCUGUUUGUCGCGCUUGCAGAGGAAGUGGGGCUUCUGCUCGUUAUCCAUCGAACCCCCUCAGUGGUUUGUCGAUACCGACGAUCGAAACGACUACUACGACGAGAGCCUGAAUGGUAGUACCACGCUACGCUUCCUCGGCCGGGACGGCCACGCUGCAGGGCAGUAG